UAUCACUUCUUCUUAUUACAUUUUUAAGACCUAGCUCAAUAUUUUUUUCUUAAAAAAUGAAAAGUGAGCAGCAAUCCGUCUUUUGUAAUCAAAUAAAUUCUAAACCAUUUGACGAGAGUAAGAUAGAUCAAAGCCUGACUCAACGACGAAAUGCUAAUUACAAACCAAACUUUUGGAAGUACGACUUCCUGCAGUCUCUUAAAAGCCAAUAUUUUGAAGGGAAAUACAAAAUAGAAGCUCAAAAGCUGAAAGAGGAGGUUUUGUGCAUUCUAGCAGAAAUAGUGAAUCCCUUGUCCAAAUUAGAGCUUAUAGACAGCAUAAACAAAAUGUCCCUCUCCCAUCUUUUUGAAAAGGAAAUCAUGUUGUCUCUACAAGACAUGGAAUAUGCAAAGAAGUAUUCAAGCAGUGAAAUGGAUCUCUAUUCUACUGCCUUACAUUUCAGGAUUUUUAGACAGUAUGGAUAUAAUGUGCCCCAAGAUGUAUUCCUUAGCUACAUGGAUGAAAUGGGCGAACAAUUCGAGGUAGACGCAAACAUGGAUCCAAAAACAAUGGUGCAAUUAUUUGAAGCGUCUCACUUGGCCUUGGAAGAUGAAAAUAUGUUGGAUGGGGCUAGAAUAUUCUGCAAUAAGAAUCUGAAAAGUUCCACCAAUAUUAUUCCACUGCAUUGGAUGGUGGAAUGGUACAAUGCCAGAAGGCAAAUAUCCAAACAGGAAAAUGAAGCAAGGGAGUCAAAUUUGAAGCUUCUUCAACUAGCUAAACUCAACUUCAAUAUCAUCCAAGCUGAGCAUCAGAAAGAUCUUGCGGAUAUUUUGAGGUGGUGGAGAAAGGUGGGACUAAUAGAAAAUGUAAGUUUUAGCAGAGAUCGAAUUGUGGAAAGCUUUUUGUGGUCAGUGGGUGUUGCUUUCGAGCCUCAACAUUCACAUUUCAGGAAUUGGCUCACCAAGGCCAUCACUUUCAUCAUAGUUAUUGACGAUAUCUACGAUAUUUAUGGCAAUUUUCAUGAGCUACAAAUCUUCACCAAUGCUGUUGUCAGUUGGGACCCUAGGGAGGUGGAGCAAUUACCAUCAUGCAUGAAAACCUGUUUUUGGAAACUAUAUGAUACCACAAAUGAUGUAGCACUUGCAAUUCAGCAACAGAAAGGUUGGAAAUUGCCAGUUUCAAUAUAUCUACAAAAAGUGUGGGCAGAAUUUUGCAAAGCACUGCUCGUGGAGGCUAAAUGGGAUUCAGAGGGUUAUACACCAACAUUUUGUGAAUAUUUAGAUAAUGGGUGGAAAUCAUCAGGUGGCCCUGUGCUCUCUCUUCAUGUACUUUUUGGUUUAGCUCAAGAUUUAUCACAAGUUAACGAUUUUCUGGAGAAUGAGCAAGACCUUGUAUAUUAUUCCUCCCUUAUAAUCCGACUUUGCAAUGACCUUGAGACUUCAACGGCUGAACUGGAAAGAGGUGAUGUGUCUUCAUCUAUCUUGUGUUACAUGAGGAAAGCUGAUGUUAAGGAGGAUGUAGCAAGGGAGCAUAUCAAAGACAUGGUGAUGGAAACAUGGAAGAAAAUGAACAAACAUUCCAUUGAAAAUAAUUCAUCAUCAUUAAGACCAUUAAUGAAGUACAUAAUGAAUAUUGCCCGUGUUACGCAUUUCAUAUAUCAAAAUGGAGAUGGAUUUGGUGUUCAAGAUGGAGAAACUCGUCAACAAAUCUUAUCUUCUUUGGUUCAACCUCUUCCUCUGAUGUGAGAACAAACACUACUGUAUGUACAAUAAACACAAUGGGAUUACUUCAGAAGAAGAAGAGUGGAUAUGUAUCAUGUCUUGAAAUUUAUCUUUCAACUACCAUUUCUCUCAACAAUCACUAGAAAUGUAAUGUAUUACUAGAAAUUUAUCUUUUUAUUUUUCAUAAUUUUUUAUUUUUUUUAGAGUCCAACGAUAUAAAUUUUGA